UCUAGAAUGCUAUUUGGUUGAUUAAUGUAUGAUGACUAAUGUCAUAUUAGUAUUUGCUGAUCCUGUACUGUUACUUUAAAGCAUAUCCUUAUGAGUUAUGCCUCUCGAGCUAACUCAUCUUUAAAUCAUUCCCUUCUGCUCUCAUUUCCAUCAAGAUUCUAAAUCUUGGCCACCAACUCUAAGAACAAGAGAAGGGUUUUGCAGUACCUCUCUUGCACAAGAAAAGAUGAAGAGCAAUAACAAUAACACAAGGCUUAUUCUUCUUCACCCCUAUAUCCAAAAGCAAGGAAGCUCCAAUCGCUUAUGGCUCCUUGCCUUUGUCUCUUUCUUCACUAUUGCCUUUCUUGUUACUCUUAUCUACACUAGAGAGUCUUUGCCUACCAAAUCCACCACUGCCUUGGCUUCUGCUUCCACAUCCUCUAUAUCCCCCACCACACCAUUGCCUACCACUGUCAUCAAUACUCUCCUCUACUAUGCCUCAAGAUCCAAUGACAGUUUCCACAUGUCUUACUCCGAAAUCAAACCUAUAUCUGAUGUCCUUAGAAGGUGUUCAUCUCCAUGUAACUUUCUCGUUUUUGGCCUAACACACGAAACCCUUCUCUGGAAAGCCCUAAACCACAAUGGCCGCACAGUUUUCAUCGAGGAAAACCGAUACUACGCUGCCUAUUUCGAAGAGUUACACCCUGAAGUUGAUGUGUUUGAUGUUCAAUACACAACAAAAAUGGGAGAAUUCAGAGAACUCAUAGCCUCCACUAGGGAUCAAAUACGCAACGAAUGCAGGCCAGUUCAGAAUCUACUCUUCUCAGAGUGUAAGCUUGGGAUUAAUGACUUGCCUAAUCACGUUUAUGAGGUGGAUUGGGAUGUGAUAUUGAUCGAUGGACCUCGAGGGGACGGACCAGAAGGGCCAGGGAGGAUGACACCAAUCUUCACAGCUGGAGUACUAGCAAGAAGCAAGAAAGGAGGAAAUGGCAAGACCCAUAUAUUUGUGCAUGAUUAUUACAGAGAUGUGGAGAAAGUAUAUGGGGAUGAAUUCUUAUGCAGAGAGAACUUGGUGGAAGCUAAUGACAUGCUUGCUCAUUUUGUGGUGGAGAAGAUGGGUGAGAAUAUCUUCCAAUUCUGCAGCAACCAGACAUCAAAAUCAGCUUCUUCUUCAUCAUCCCAAUAACCGCUUUUUGUUGAAAAGGAAAUAGUCCCAGUGGAUAUGAAAUGCAGAAAAAAAAUUCUGGUUAUUUAUGAUCAUUUGAAAAGCUAUAGCCUAUAGAGCUUUUCUCGUUUUCUUUUCUGGAUUGGGGACUGGGUAGUAUUGUAAAAAAUAAUUCUUUUUGGCGAUGCAAAAACCUUCAAGUAACCUCAUUUAUGUGUUAUUUCAAUUCUCAUCUAUUUGA